AUGGUAACGAGUGUAGGAGGUAGAACGGCAUCGAGUCGAAGCUUGUCAAUGACAAGCUUAUCCUCCCAUCCGAAAAAGAAAACAACAGUCAGUAAUGCUGGAGGACUCCCUGUGUCUCCUCAUCGGAAAUCUCUAUUCUCUUCUCGUUCGAUGGGUUUGACUGGAGAGAGGACAGUGAAGAGACUCCGUCUUUCUAAAGCUCUAACAGUACCUGAUUCUACAAGUAUUUAUGAUGCUUGCCGCAAGAUGGUUGCUCGCAGAGUUGAUGCUUUAUUGUUGACCGACUCGAAUGCAUUACUAUGUGGUAUAUUGACGGAUAAGGAUAUAACAACCAGAGUUAUUGCAAGUGAAGUCAAUAUUCAGGAAACACCUGUUUCAAAGGUUAUGACAAAACAUCCUGUUUUUGUGCUUUCAGACACACUUGCUGUAGAAGCAUUGCAGAAAAUGGUGCUAGGAAAAUUUAGACAUUUGCCAGUUGUAGAAAAUGGUGAGGUCAUUGCUCUGCUUGAUAUAGCAAAAUGUCUUUAUGAUGCUAUCGCUCGCCUUGAAAGGGCAAGAGAAAAAGGAAAGGCAAUUGUAGCUGCUGUUGAGGGAGUUGAAAAAAAUUGGGGAGCAUCUGUUUCUGGUUCUGAUUCAUUUAUUGAAACCCUUCGGGAGAAAAUGUUUCGGCCUUCACUCUCUACAAUAAUUUCUGAGAAUCCAAAAACUGUUACAGUUGAACCAAACGAUACUGUUUUAGACGCAGCAAAAAAGAUGUUUGAAUCUCAAACAAGCUCGGCUAUUGUGGCUGUUGAUAAGAAACCACAAGGAAUUUUAACUUCAAAGGACAUACUGAUGCGAGUCAUAGCACAAGAUCUUUCACCAGAGUCCAUUCUUGUGGAGAGGGUAAUGACUCCCAAUCCUGAAUGUGCUACAACAGAUACAUCUAUUGUUGAUGCUUUACAUACAAUGCAUGACGGGAAAUUUUUACACCUACCUGUAAUUGAUAAAGAUGGAAUUGUAGUUGCUGUGGUUGAUGUGCUUCAUAUCACUCAUGCAGCUGUAGCCACGGUGGGAAAUACUUCUGGAGUGAAUAAUGAAGUUGCAAAUACUAGGAUGCAAAAGUUUUGGGAUUCAGCUAUGGAAUUGUGUCCAGAUGAUGAGGAAGAGACACGAAGCAUUUCUUCCUUGAAAUUGGCUUCUGAAGGGGCAGAGUUGAGAAGAAGUAUUUCUUAUCCUUCGUCAAGCCUGCCUAAUACUUUUGCAUUCAAGAUUCAAGACAGAACAGGAAGCAUGCACAGAUUCAACUGCAAUAUCGGGAGCAUGAGAGAUCUGAUAACAGCAAUUUUUCAAAGAGUGGGGGAUGACAUAAAGCGGAAUAACCUUCCUCAAAUUCUGUAUGAAGAUGAAGACCAUGACAAGGUUGUUCUAGCAACAGAAAGUGAUCUCACAGCUGCAGUUGACCAUGCAAGAUGUGCAGGUUGGAAGGGAUUAAGAUUGCACUUAGACUAUUCAGGAAAGCAUGGGCGUAGGAAGGGUUCAAGCUCCAACAGUUUGGAUACACAAUCUGCAUGGGCUUCAGCUUACAGUGCCGUAGCAGCUGGUGCUGCAUUAGUCGCAGGUUUAGGCGUAAUAGCAUUCCUAAGGAGAUCUACUAAUUAACUGAUUAUUAUUUCACAAAUUAAAAACAUUUCCCAUCUCCUGUACAUUUCACAAAUACAUUUCCCAUCUGCUUUAGCUUUUUAAUACAUACCUGCACAAAAGUUUUAUCAUGGUAGAGGCACAACCAACAAUUGUACUUUAGGGCUAGUUGUGAGCCAAAAGGUGGAUGUCAGGGGUAUUUUAGGGCCGAUAGGUGGAUAAAGGGUAAUUUUGUACCAAUUCAAAUAUUUGAGAGGCAUUUUAGGCCCUUCUCCAUUUUUUUAUUAUUAACAUGCAUAAAGUAAUAAUAAACAAUGAUAAAAUUAUUAAGUAUGUCUCAAAAUUACUUUACUGUGGAAUUACAAUCAAAAUACCCCAAAAGGCCAGGUGAUAAGGGUGUACAUAGGUCACGUUGGUUUGAAUUUUUCAAAUACCAUACCAAAUUAAUUGUGUCGGUGUCUAAAUAUAUAGACCCAACCAAAUCAAUAAAAGUGGAAUAUUUCAACCUUGGAUUCUUCACAUUUUUUGUUAAUUAAGUCUCCAAACAUAACAUAUAAGUUGUACUUCAAAUUUUUCCGUUGAAUCAUAGUAAGAUACA